AUGGAGUGCAGGAAGUUCGAGCUGACCUUGAUCUCUGCAAAUGAUCUGGAAGAAGUGAGAAAACUGUUCAAGAUGAAGGUUUACGCUAGGGUUUCCAUUGGGGGCAACCAGGAGACGGAGAAGAGAACCCCAGCGGACAGGCAUGGCGAGGCGAAUCCAGCAUGGAACUUGACGAUGAAAUUUACGGUCCCGGAGUCUUGUCUACAACACUAUGGCGCCAUGCUUCUUAUCAAGCUCUACUGCAAGCGGAAGCUCAGCGACCGGUACAUUGGCGAGGUCUACGUGCCGAUGAAGGAGCUCUUUGACCAGGCCUACGCACGCGGCGGCAGCGCGGACGUGAACUAUCCGGUGAGGAGGGGAUCGCUCAACUCCCAGGGGCUGCUCAGGUUUGCUUAUAGGUUUGGACAGUGUGUGGAUGUGGAAAAGCUUGUCUUGGCUGAGGGUUUUGCGGACUGGAGUAGGUGUGUUGAUUAA